AGACGCUGAUGGACUCCACAACGGCAACGGCAGAGCUGGGCUGGAUGGUGCACCCUCCCUCCGGGUGGGAAGAGGUGAGCGGGUACGACGAGAACAUGAACACAAUUCGCACCUACCAGGUGUGCAACGUCUUCGAGUCCAGUCAAAACAACUGGCUCCGGACCAAGUACAUCCGGAGGCGAGGAGCGCACCGCAUCCACGUGGAGAUGAAAUUUUCAGUCCGGGACUGCAGCAGCAUCCCUAAUGUCCCUGGCUCCUGUAAGGAGACUUUUAACCUGUACUAUUUCGAGUCAGACUUUGACUCGGCCACCAAGACUUUUCCUAACUGGAUGGAGAACCCUUGGAUGAAGGUGGACACGAUUGCUGCCGAUGAGAGCUUCUCGCAGGUGGACCUAGGUGGACGGGUGAUGAAGAUUAACACGGAGGUGCGCAGUUUUGGGCCUGUCUCCAAGAAUGGUUUCUACCUGGCCUUCCAGGACUAUGGAGGCUGCAUGUCCUUGAUUGCCGUCCGCGUCUUCUACCGCAAAUGUCCCCGCGUGAUCCAGAACGGGGCCGUCUUCCAAGAAACCCUCUCGGGAGCGGAGAGCACCUCGCUGGUGGCAGCUCGGGGGACGUGCAUCGCCAAUGCAGAGGAGGUGGACGUGCCGAUCAAGCUGUACUGCAACGGGGACGGCGAGUGGCUGGUGCCCAUCGGCCGCUGCAUGUGCCGGGCUGGCUACGAGUCGGUGGAAAAUGGGACUGUCUGCAGAG